AUGAAGCCCGGCUACUGCUUGCUGCUCGCGGCCAGCGCGGUGCUCUCCUCCGCCAGCCAGCACCCUAUUGUUGAUCUGGGAUACGCGACCUAUCAGGGUUCUUAUAGUUCCACUUAUGACUUGAAUGUGUGGAAGAGUAUCCGGUAUGCAGCUCCUCCGGUGGGUAAACGGCGUUGGCAGGCGCCUGCACCUCCAUUGCAGAACAACAGCCAGAUCACACUAGCCGUGGACCAGCCCCCAGUGUGUCCUCAAUCUGGGGCAGCAAAGACACCGUACAUCUAUGGCUUCAACUCGGGACCUGGCGAUGAAGACUGUCUGUACCUGAAUGUCUAUGCUCCCCCGAACGCAACGGACCUGCCCGUUCUGUUAUGGAUCCACGGUGGUGGCUAUGGACUCUUUGGUGCGACCUAUGACCCCAGCCCGAUGAUGAAUACCAACAACAACGGGUUCAUCACCGUGGAAAUCCAGUAUCGUCUGGGAGCCUUUGGAUUCCUCUCCUCCGAGGAAGUCAAGGAACAUGGCGUGACAAAUGCCGGUCUUCUGGACCAACGCUUUGCCAUCGAAUGGGUACAGGAGAACAUUGCCAAAUUCGGUGGUGAUCCUAAGCGUGUGACCAUCGGCGGAGAGUCCUCAGGCGCCGGCGCAGUCAUGCUACAUGCGCUGGCAUACGGAGGCCAGGAGUUCAACCUCUUCAACAACAUCAUUGCCGCAAGCGCCUACUCACCCCCAAUCUUCAACUACCACGACAAGGUGCCUGAGCAGUACUAUAACGACUUUGCUGAACUGGCCGGCUGCGGAUCGAACUCCACAGCAAUCGAGAACUACGCAACGACCUUUGACUGCCUAGUAGCAGCUCCCAGCACCCUCCUGCAGAAUGCCAGCGCCACUGUCUCCACGUCCGGACUAUUCGGCACCUGGGCCUUCCUCCCAGUCAUCGACGGCGAGCUGAUCCAAGAACGGCCCUCUGUGCAGCUCGCUCAAGGCAAAGUGAGCGGCAAACGCAUUCUCAUCGGCAACAACGCCAACGACGGCGUCCCCCUAAGCAACCCCAACGUCGUCACCCGCCCAGCCUUCAACUCCCACAUCUCAACCACCUUCCCCCUCUUCACCUCCUCCGACAUCGCCCUCCUCAACGAAGUCUACCAAACCUCCAACAGCCAACCCACCGACAACAGCCCCCGCUACGACACCCUCGGCACCAGCGGCCCAACAGCCAUCAACCAAUCCGAAAUGGCAACGGGCCUGCAACAAACUGUCUUCAACAUCUUCGCCGAAACCACCUUUGCCUGUCCCGCGCAAUGGCUCGCCGACGCCUUCAGCCAAGAAGACGACACCCUUUCCUGCUCCGAUCCCCAACCCCCUCGUCAAGCCUGGAAAUAUCAAUUCUCCGUAACACCCGCGUACCACGGCGCCGAUCUCUCCGCGUACUUCAGCGCGGACGCUACCUGGCCCGAUAAGGGAUUCAGAACCGCCUUCCAGAAGAUGUGGGGCCAAUUUAUCGUGGCUGAUAGUCCAGUGAUUUCGAUGGAAGAUGCCACGGCUGGGAAGGCGAAUGCGUCGGUUCCUGUUAAUGGGACGAGGAUGCUUGAUUGGCCGAGUUAUUCGCCCGAGUUCCCGGUUAUGAUGGAUUUGAAUACCACCGGGGGAUAUUUGGUUCAUGAUGUGGUGACGUCGAAUUUGUCGUACUGGAUUCGGGAGGGAGAUGGGAUUGUGAAUCAUUUCCGGCUGGUCAAUUCGUCUGCUUGGGAGGGAGGAAGAGGGGCUAGGUGUGAUUUUUGGAGGGAGGUUUCGGAGAGGGUGCCUCAAUAG